CAGACAGACUGACUGACAGGAUCUUCUGUGAUCACUGACAACAUCUUAAAGUUAUCGUUGUGACUGUUUUUCCUGAAUCUCCAACACAUUCCUGGAGAAAUGGAGAAGUUGGGUGGAACCAACAGCACAGAACCUCUACAGAACCUCACUGCAGACCAGUGGCUGGUCAAUGAACGGGGCUCACUCCAACACCUGACGCCCGGGGGGCUGAGGGUCCUGCUGCCCACGGUCCUGGGGGUCGUCUGCGUCCUGGGAGUCGCCUGUAACCUUCCCGCCGUGGCCUCUCUCUUUUCAAAUGCCCACAGGGGAAAACUGUCGCUCAUCAACUCCCUCAUCUUCAACCUGAUGUUGGCGGACGGGCUGGUGCUGAUGUUCGUGAUGCCCUUCAGAGCCGUCUUCUACUCCAGGUCCAGCUGGGACCUGGGCUGGGCCACGUGUAAGACGGCCGACUGGUUCCUUCAGUCCUGCAUGGCGGCCAAGAGCUUCACGGUGGCAGUCAUGGCCAAAGCCUGUUACCACUACGUGUCCAACCCCACCAAGCAGGUGAGCAUCCACCUGGGCUCCAUCCUGGUGGUGCUGCUCUUCAUCUGGGUCUCCGCCUGCACCGUCACCGUGCCUCACUGGCUGUUCGCCUCACUGCAGAGAGGAACCCGUGGCGUGGCGUGCGUGCUGCUGGUCCCUCCUGAAGCCCGGGACUUUAUGAGCGUGUACGUCAAAGCCUACCCCCUGACGGUGUACUGCGCCCCCCUCAGUGUCGCCCUGGUGUACUUCUGGAAGGCUUACGGCCAGUGCCAGCGCCGCUCCAGUAAGACUCAGAAUUUGCGGACCCAGAUUAGAUCCAGGAGGCUGACGCUGAUGUUGUUCAGCCUGACGGUGGCCAUGGCCGCCCUGUGGCUGCCUCAGUGGGUGGUGUGGCUGUGGGAGUGGCACGUGGCAGAGAAACAAGGUGAAGGGGCUCAGCCUCUUCCCUCCAGCCCCCCCGUUCUCCUCGUCCUUUCGGCUCAUCUUCUCUCCUUCUCCAUGUCGCUGGUCAACCCUCUCGUCGUCCUUUCCCUCUCUGAGGAGUUCAGGGAGGGGUACCGGGGGCUGUGGAGACGCCUCACCCUGCGCAAGCAACCUCCGGCCCAGCCGAAGCCUGGACCUCACAACCCGACCGUCGUCCGCUCGCCGAGCCCCCGACCCGAGACCUCAGGUGAGCCGCGUGGACAGAGAUACGUUCAGUCCGGUUUCAGUCGAGAUCUGGGACCAGAAGGUCAAUAUCGGCCAGAACAAGGUGUAGGACGGGAGGGGGGGGACAUAGACCGGGUGAGUCUCAAAGAUGGGAUCGUGCUGUCGGAUGUAGAACAGUUCUGGCACGAGAGGGAAACGGGAUCAAAGAAAUGGGAAAACGAUCCGGUGCCGUGGGAACAAGAGAGCAGAGAGGGCUGAUCAUCUUCAUCAUCAUCUUCAUCAUCAUCAUCAUAACUACACCUGACUCCAUCAACUGUUUGUAUGUUGUAAUAUAACAGAGAGAGAAGAUCAGAAGUGUAGAAAAGUGUGUCAUCUGCAUAACUUUAACAAACACUGACUGUUCAUAUAAUAAAUAUAUCUUUACAUCUAUACACAUAUAGUCAAAUGAGUUCCACUGUUAUGAUGUUCAUAUUAACAGAUGUGGAAAAAUUGUGGUUUUACCAAUGAGGAACGUUUUAAAAAUAAAAAUAAAUCAUAUAUUUCUGUGACUGUUGUGAAACGAUGCAGUGACUCAACGUUUGUCUCCUGCAGUUUAAGAAAAAACAUUGUUUGAUUUUGUGAAACGGCUCAAUAAAAAAUGUGUUGAAAAAAAA